AUGAGUUACAACAAUCCUUACCAGCAGAGUAAUCCGUACGCGGAAACGUACGACAUGCAAGAUAAUGUGGGUUCUACUCAACACAAUGGCGGUGACUUCUUGACAUUUAUGAAUGAAAUCAACCAGAUUAAUUUGGAGCUUGAUCACUACUCGCAGCUUGUGGACCAGAUUGACUCGAACCAGAAGAGAUUGCUCACGGAGGUCAACGAGGACCAAGAACUAGCGUUGAGACAACAUUUGGACGCUCUUGUUUCCAAGGCUUCGGAUCUGCAGUACCAGCUCAGAAACAGUAUAAAGUCGGCUCAACAGCAAGGCCUUUCAGACUCUAGCAAGCAAGCGCAAGCAGAAAACUCCAGACAACGGUUUUUGAAACUUAUCCAGGACUACAGGAUUAUCGAGGCCAACUACAAAGACCAGAACAAGGAGCAAGCUAAAAGACAAUACCAGAUCAUCCAGCCGGAAGCCACCGAAGACGAAGUCGAAGCCGCCAUCAGCGAUGUCGGUGGACAGCAGAUCUUCUCACAGGCCCUUUUGAACGCGAACAGAAGGGGCGAAGCCAAGACCGCCUUGGCAGAGGUUCAAGCCAGACACCAGGAGCUGUUGAAGCUCGAGAAGACCAUGGCCGAGUUGACGCAGCUGUUCAACGACAUGGAACAGCUGGUCAUCGAGCAGCAGGAGAAUAUCGAGGUGAUUGACAAAAACGUCGAGGAAGCCCAGCAGGACGUGGAGCAGGGUGUGGGCCACACCAACAAGGCUGUUAAGAGUGCCAGAAGGGCGCGCAGAAACAAAAUAAGAUGUAUCUUGAUUCUGGUGGCCGUCCUGGUCGUCAUCAUCGUGGUGUGUGUGGCUGUUCCUUUGGCCACCAAAAACUGA